GCUAGUGUUCCUGAUGCGAAGGAGCUGGAAGGCAGAAAGCAAAAUGAGCCAGACCCGGCGCCCCAGUCUCGCGACUUCUUCUGGGACUCGAUAACCCUCUACAUCGUCGGGACCAUCCUCGCUUUGACGGCCAUCGACGUCGUCUCCGAGUUUCUCCGUGGAUCUGACAUCAAGUGCUACCAGCCCAAUGAGACAGACUCUUCUUUUUCCUCGUCAGUUGAAAGUUACGUUAAUGAAUUCUGUAGUGGCUACCUGCCGCUGCUACAAUUCCUCCCGAGCGUUAUCGCCAUCCACGCCAUUGCCAUACUAGCCCCACACUUCGUUUGGUUCAAUGCCUAUGGCGCCGACCUUGACUUCUUCUUUAGACACGUCUAUAAACUGGAGCGGAACCGUCAGCAGGACACCGGAGACUACUCCCCGAGCAACUACAUCAUCUCGCAGCAGAUUGAUGAGGCGUUUUGCAAGUAUGGGAGGUCAAACGGCAUGUAUUGGUGGUACAUCUUCAAAAUACUCCUCCAACUGUUCCUUUGUCUAGUGGGCAUUUUCCUCGUCCCCCUCGUCAUAUUCAAACUGGAUGAACAGAAUGUGACAUUUCCGUGCCCCGCGAAUGAGCGUGAUGCGAGAGGUGACAGUUGGCCACUCCCCGAUCGAGAAAUCGUGAUAUGCGUCUUCUCCCCCAUGAAUUUGCUCCAAAAGAUUUGGGUCAUAUACCUCUUUCUCCUUGGACUUGCGGCCUUUUUCAUACUGAUAAAUUUGUGUCAGCUGAUGAAGUGGCACACAGCAGAGCUAGGACUCAAAGAUUAUGCCAAAUUCUCUUUUGAAACUGGAAUGUCUUAUCACUACUAUCACCCUCAAGUCGUAUCUAAAGUUUUUCCAAAAAAUUUCGCCGCAAUGUUUCAACAAAACAAUACUAAUAAAUGUCGAAGUGCAAUGAAUUUCUUGAGAUACCCUUUUUCUCCGUUCAACAUCCAGUCAAACUAUGAUUUCCUCAUGGUCAAGCUGUUUCGGACCGACGGAGGCUUGGCCUACAUCAUGAAGGAGCUUCAGGUGCUGAGGUUGCUACGACAGAUGAACAAAACGGACCUGUCAAAGCUGAACCUCUACAGGUUCAGAUCUGCAACCAGCAAUGGAGAUGACACAGGGUGGAAUCUUCCAGAGUUUGCAUCAAAUAGCCAUGCACCAGCACUGGAUGAGAAAGUGUUGGUAUUGCCCCAGACAUUCCGUGGGGUCGUCAUGGGUUCUGCUUUGAGAUGUGAAGGUGGCUAUGAAGACAGACCGCAAAUAGUCAGUUUUGCUAAAGACCGUGUAAAAUUAGCGGCUGCCCAGGUGGAUCUCGCUGGAAAACUUCAGACAGGAGGACAGGAUCGCAGGGAGGAGGAUCAGCAACACGAUGCUGAUCGGUUGCAGCAAACAGCUCACGAGUAUAAAUCUGAGGCGGAGCAGCUUAAAAAAUACAGAACCACUCUGAAGAAAAUGGAGGGGGAGCUGGGCCCCAAAAAGCAAGAACUGGAGGCAGUCAAAUCAACCCUGAAAGAAGCACUCGAGUUUGAAUCAGAUGCAAUAAAGGUGUCCCGAGAGAGUACCGUCGUACGGGGGCAAAGGAAAGUAAAGAUGACGAAUGUUGAGCAGCAGCAGUUGGACAAAGAAGGGGAGAUUGCUGCGGGGAAGGUAGCUGAGGCUGGGAAAGGAGGUGCUGGGGUUACAGGGGGAGCAGGACCUGGACAGUUGUCAUCAUCUCAUCUAUUGUCUGAGCUCACGGACACAGCAACUCAACUGCAACUGGAGGUGCUGCAGCUUGAGAAAAGUAUCCGAGAAGCUAGAGUGGUGCACGACACUCACAGAAAAGAGGAAGAUUCGCUCGUUGCAAGGUUGAAAACACUCCAAACCGACCAGCAGAUGCUGGCGUACAAACAGCAGGUUCUUGCCAGAGCACAGGGCAACAGCGAGCUACUGCGGGUUGCCCUGCAGAAUUCUGGGCCAACCCUCGUGAGUGCCCUGGUCAUAGGGUUUGACAUGGAAUCCGAGGGCCUCUCUAGUGCACUAGCAAGAAUCUUCAGGCGGGUGGGAUUCAUCAACUUCAGCUCUGACUAUGCUGACUACAAGAACCCAGUGAAGGUUGCCAGCAGAUCUCGCUACAUCUUCAAUGCUACUCUCCCUGCUGAUAUCCUCACAUGCGCUGGCUUGGAUGAUAACGAGCAACUCACAGUGUUGAUGGAGAUCUGGUACAAGAACUUCAAGCAGACCUCUCUGUCUGGAGACAGGAAGGUCUCCAAUUAUAUUGUGAUUGGUCCUGUCUCUGACAGCAUGCAUGUUGCGACAGUGAACAGAAUGCUGUCCAAUUACCAGGGCUACCUGUCACAUCAUGCUGUGAUCAUGACCCUUAAACCAGAGAGAGUUGGUGGGAAAGCUACAACGACCUUUUAAACACUUCACACCUCCAGAUGAUGGGUACGUUGAAAUUUCACGCAAUGUAAAGAUUGAAGGUGAUGCUCGAGAUUGGGAGGGAGCAUCUACUAGUGCUGACGGCGAUGUGUGCACUGAGAGUCCAUUCACAAUUGACCUGGGAACCACGGAAAUGGAGUUUUCUUUCAAGCUCUAUAGAGGCUCUCAUGUCUAGUUUAGUACUGUAACCAACGCUUAGUAUUAUCAGUAACGGAUUUUUUUGGAGCUUUUAAGGUAAAUAGUUGGUACUUUUCUUAGUUUUUGGUGCAUGUUCUUUGGCUGCCACCUGUAUAUUUCAUUGUGUAAAUAUUUUUGUACACUACUUGAAAUCCAUGCAAACUUUCAUAACAG